UCCUCACCUUCGAUUCGCACCCAAAACGCAUCAACCCAGCGCCGUCCUCACCUUCGCAAGAACCAUCGCCGUCCUCUCUGUCAACUCACCACCAGCGCCGUCCUCAAUCUCACGAACCCUAACUCCAAAUCGAUUCAGCUAACGAUAAUCAAGAGAAGCAAACAAAAUCCUCAAAUAGAAUAGAUGAUGCUGUUUCUUUGAUCGAUUUGUUCACACAUGAUCAAAUAACAAACCAUAUUAGUAGUUUUGGAGAGCAAUCUAAUCAGACUACAACUGCGAGCAACACAUGCCAAUUAUGUGCAAUGGAAAAUCUCUCCUUUGAACCAGUAACAAUAUUUUGCUUAUGUUGUGAGAACCCCAUCAAGAAAAAAGCAAACUUUUUCUGUAGAAAAGGAGAAGAAUUUGAUGCAGAUCAAUGCUUUUGCUCCCACUGCUAUACGAGAUUUAAGGGUGAUUGCAUCGAAUUCAAUGGGACAUAUGUUUCUAAGAAAAGUCUCGAAAAAAAGAAAAACGAUGAAUUAUAUUUUGAACCGUGGGUUGAAUGCAAUAAAUGCAAAAGAUGGCAGCACCAAAUAUGUGCACUCUAUAACAAGAAAAGAGAUUUGGACUGCAAAGCUGAGUAUAUAUGUCCUUUCUGCCGUUUAAAAGAAAUUGAAAAUGGAAUGCAUGUUCCCUUACCAAAGAACACUGUUUUUGGUGCUAAGGCCUUGCCUAAAACCAUGCUUAGUGACCACUUAGAGAAAAGACUUUUUGAGCGUCUCAUGCAAGAGAGAGCAGACUGGAAUUACGAUAAAGGGAAGAAGAAUCCUGAUAAGGCUUUAGCCGAAGAAAGUCUUUCUAUUAGAGAAGUGUUCUCUGUCGACAAACAAUUGAAAGUGAAGAAGCAGUUUCUGGACAUCAUUCCAAAGGAGAAUUACCCUUCUGAAUUCUCUUACAGAUCAAGAGAAUUUGGCUCGGAAUGUGGCAAUCCAAAUAAACGUUGUGUAUAUAUUUCAUAUCUUGAUUCUGUCAAUUACUUUACUCCUCGAAGAAUGACUAAAAAUCAGGAAGCUCUCCGUACCUUUGUUUACCAUGAGAUAUUGAUUGGGUACCUUGACUUUUGUAAGAAAAGAGGUUUCACAACUUGCUACAUAUGGUCCUGUGCUCCUCAAAAAGGGCAGGGUGAUUACAUUCUAUAUUGCCAUCCAAAAACUCAAAAGAUUCCAACAGAUGCUAAGCUACGGGAGUGGUAUCUUUCAAUGCUAACAAAAGCUUCUAAGGAAAAUAUCGUUGUUGGUUUAACCAACAUAUAUGAUCAUUUCUUUGUUUCUACUGGAAAUCGGCACUCCAAGAUAACAACGGCUCGUUUGCCAUACUUUGAUGGAGACUACUGGUCUGGUACUGCUAUGACUCAAGCCGAGGACAUUGAAGAAAAGUGUGGAGGAGAGUACGAAUCGACAUUGAAUAAAGUAAUGAAAACUAGAUCUUUAAAGGCCAUGGGACACAUCCAUCCUUCCAAAGGGAAUGCCAAAGAUAUUCUGGUGAUGCAUAGAGUAUGUCAACCCUCUCUUUUACCUUCAUCCACUUGUAAUGAGAGUAAUGUUGUUAAAUAGUGGCUAUAGUGGCGCUAUAGCAUUGAAAAAUUUGAACAAAUGGCUAUUGUUCCACAAUACGCUAUUUAGUACAAAGUAUUGUUGAAUCGCGAGCGGCACUAUAGCACAGUUGCAUAGCAGAAUUUAAUUAAACUGGUAUUUUCCGCGAUCCACAAUUGAUGACAUUGAAUGAGAGCUUGAAUUUUUUAUUAGAUGUAGUUUUGUUUCCGAUGAUGAAGUUUAGGAGCUAGCUAGUUACAAUGGAUUCACAUUAACUAGGAUGUUUUGAAUUGUAAUGACUUGUAUUUUGCUUGAAUUGUUAUAACAUUUUGGAUUGUUUUGGUA